AUGCGUUUGGUAAUAGCUUUAUUUUCAAUUUCCGUAAUUUAUGCGGUACCUUUUCCCCACAAGGAUAAUAUCUAUGCUCUUGGACAUAAUGUUAAGGCCACCAGCUAUGUUGCGGUAACCAAACACGAAGGCAAACACGAUGAUCAUAAUGGACAUAAUGGAGAGAAAAAUCAUGGCUAUGAUGAUUAUAAAGCAAAAAGUCAUCACGGAUAUGGCAAAAACGAGGGACAUAAUAAAAAGGCUACCAGUUUUGUAACUAUCACCAAGAUCAAGCAUCAAAAAGAUAACAAUUAUGGUCAAGAGAGUGAGAGUAAGCAUGGAUAUGACCAUAAUUAUCAUGCAAAAGGCGAGAUGCACCAUUUAGAAAAUGAGGGAAGCAAGACACUUCGAAAAGAAACUACAUUUUUUGUUACAACCAAACACGAAGAUAACGUAGAUGGUCAUUUUGGGCUUCAUCAAGGAUAUGGCAACCAUGCUGAAGGACAUACCGGCGGCUAUGAGCAUCAAGGAAAAGAGAAUCAAGGGCAACAUCAUGAAAAAGCUACCAGUUUUGUCACUGUGACCAAACACGAGGAUCAUCAUGGCGAUAAUAGGCAUCAAGGUAUGGCAGGCAUGAAAUACAAGAAAAAUCAUGGACACGAACAACAUGGGAAAGCAACAAGUUUUGCCGUCGUAACCAAAUAUGAAAAUAAAAAUGGUAGUCAAUAUGGCCACCAACAUAAACAUAAUCACCAUACGGCAGGAUAUGGAUUCGCUCAUGAUGCUGAUAAUCAAGAUGUAGAUGCAGCUGUAACCAAAUACGAAGAUAAGCUUAAUAAUCACAAAGGAUAUCGGUAUGUUCAUGGACACGAUCAGAACGCAGAAGGACCCAGUUUUUCGAUCGAAACCAAUCAUAAAGGUAAACAUAAUAGCUAUGAACACGAUCAUAAUGAGCACCACAUAUAUAACAAGCAUGAGGAACAUCAUGGAAAAGCAACCAGUUUCGCCACUGUAACUAAACACGAAGUUAAGAACGAUGACCAUUCUGGACAUGACUCUCAUACAAGGGGUUACAAGAAACACGAAUACAAUCAUGGACACGAACAACAUGGAAAAGGUCCCAGUUUUGCUGUUGUAACCAAACAUGAAUAUAAACAUGGACAUGGACACGAUCAUAAGAAGCUCGAAGAAUACAGCAAACACCAGGGACAUCAUGGAAAGGCUACCAGUUUUGCCUCUGUCUCCAUACACGAAGGCACACAUGAAAAUGAUAACGGAGAGAAAGUCAAUAAGGAGUACCAAAAUGGUCAUGGCAAUCAUGCAGAAAGUCAUAAGGAGCACAAGGAUAAUCAUGGACACGAAGAGCAAGGAAAAACUUCGGGCUUUGUUGUUGCAACCAAACAUGAAUAUAAUCAUGGACAUGGACACGAUCAUAAGAAGCUCGAAGAAUACAGCAAACACCAGGGACAUUAUGGAAAGGCUAUCAGUUUCGCCUCUGUCUCCAUACACGAAGGCACACAUGAAAAUGAUAACGGAGAGAAAGUCAAUAAGGAGUACCAAAAUGGUCAUGGCAAUCAUGCAGAAAGUCAUAAGGAGCACAAGGAUAAUCAUGGACACGGAGAGCAAGGAAAAACUUCGGGCUUUGUUGUUGCAACCAAACAUGAAUAUAAUCAUGGACAUGGACACGAUCAUAAGAAGCUCGAAGAAUACAGCAAACACCAGGGACAUUAUGGAAAGGCUACCAGUUUCGCCUCUGUCUCCAUACACGAAGGCACACAUGAAAAUGAUAACGGAGAGAAAGUCAAUAAGGAGUACCAAAAUGGUCAUGGCAAUCAUGCAGAAAGUCAUAAGGAGCACAAGGAUAAUCAUGGACACGGAGAGCAUGAAAAAUCUUCCAGUUUUGCUGUAGUAACGAAACACGAAUAUAAACAUGGACAUGGACACGAUCAUGAAAAGCACGAAGAAUACAGCAAAAAUAAAGAUCAUCAUGGAAAGGCCACCAGUUUCGUCUCAGUAACCAAACACGAAGGUAUGCUUGAUGAUCAUGUCAACAAAGAUCAUCAACGUGGGCAUGCUUAUCAUGUGAUAAGUCAGAGGAAAUAUGCCAAAAAUCAUGAGCACCAUGGGAAGAGCUCUAGUUUUGUUGCCAUAACCAAACAUGAGACCAACAACGAAGGAAAAGGACACAGCCAACGAGAGCAAUACGAAAGUAACAAACAUCAGGAGCAUCAGGGCAAGGCUACAAGUUUCGUCUCAGUAACCAAACACGAAGGUAAGCACGAAGUCCAGAACGAACAUCAAGACAAAAGCAAACAUCAAUAUGGUCAUACUUAUAACGGGAAAAUCCAUGAGCAACACGAAGAGAGCCAUGUAACCGAGAAGCAUGGAAAACUGACAAAGCACCAUGUAAAUCAUGGAGAUGCUCAUAAAUUUCAACACAAUCAUAAAGAAGAGAGUCAUGGAAAGGGGCAUCAUAUAAAAAAUCAUGAACAUAAAAAACACGAGGAAACCCAUGGAAAGGCUACUAGUUUUGUUGUUGUAAAGAAGCAUGAAGGCAAACUUGAAGAUCAUCAGACCAAAAACAACGGAUAUGGUUAUCAUACUGAGAGUCAUGGCCAUAAUCAAUGGGGUCAUAAUGGAAAUCCUAAAUAUGAAUUUGAAUAUGGUGUCAAGGAUGGCAAAACCGGCGAUAUUAAGCAGCAAUGGGAAUCCAGAGAUGGUGAUAACGUGAAAGGCAGUUAUUCUCUCAAGGAAUCUGAUGGAACAACUCGGCUGGUGAAAUACUCUUCGGACAAGAAGAGCGGUUUUGAGGCUACUGUUCACAAAAUCGGUCAUGUAGAAGAGAAGCAAAAAUUGGCAAGCAUGGUAACUAAAAAAUGA